AUGGCGGAAUGUCUGGGAAGAUACAUUAGAAAGCUUGUUGAGAAGGGAGAGUUUUGUGGGUUGAAACCUUCUUCAGCGGAUCAAGUUUGCUCCCAUCAGCAGUUUGUGGAUGAUUCUAUUAUUAUGGGGAAGGCUUCAGUGCAAGAUUCUGGGAGUUUAAAUAAAGCAUUGGAUAGUUAUGGGAUAGCUAUUGGUCAACUAAUAAAUUGGUCUAAAAGCUUUGUUUAUUUCAUCAACACUCUAGAAAGAAGACAGAUAAAAAUAAGCAAAAUUUUGGGGUGUCAAUUGGGGAAUCUUCCUGCUUCCUAUCUAGGGCUCCCUUUGUGUCAAGAUCCUCCUGAUACUUUCUGGGGAGCUCUUGUGGAUAAAUUUCAUAAGAAGUUAGCUGGUUGGAAAGGAUCUCUUCUCAGCCAAGCUGGUAACGUUCAUCUUUUGAAAUCUACUCUUCGGAGUAUUCCUCUUUAUGCCAUCAGCAUUUUCAGAAUUUCCGCCAAGUUUGCAGAGGCUAUUGAAAAAAUUCAAAGAACUUUUCUGUGGAGAUGGGUCGAGGAGAAGAAGAAAAUGAAUCUGAUUCCGUGA